GGAUUUAAUCUUUUGUGGACAAAAGCUUUUGUUUCAGAGCCGGUGGAGGAUUUAUUUUCUGUGAUAUCAAUAUUUUUCCUUUUUUUCCUCUAUGUGAAUCAGCUGACAGCAUGGGGAUACUGCUAUUAUUUGCUGUCUUGCAAGUGGUGACAGUCGGCUUGGUGACAGCUGGCUGCCCGGUAGUGUGCGAGUGCCCGGCGGGGCCCCCCUCCUGUCCCCCGGGGGUCAGCUCGGUGCCUGACGGCUGCGGCUGCUGCAAGGUGUGCGCCGCUCAGCUCAACCAGGAUUGCCACGAAGGACGACCCUGUGACCACCAUAAAGGCCUGGAGUGCAACUACGGCAACGAUGUGGGCCGUACCCAUGGCAUCUGCAGGGCCAAGGCGGAGGGCCGCUCCUGUGAAUACAACGGGCGGAUUUAUCAAAACGGCGAGAAUUUCCGCGCUGGUUGCAAACACCAGUGCACCUGCAUCGACGGGGCGGUGGGCUGCGUCCCCCUCUGCCCCAGCCAUGUGCCCCUGGCGUCCCCUUCCUGUCCCGCUCCGCAGCUGGUCAAAAUACCCGGCCAGUGCUGCCUCAGCAUCGACUGCCACAAGAGCUCCACCGUAGUGCCCCCGCUGCACCGUCGACCCCAGCCUCCAGCUUACCCGCCUUACCCCUUCAUCCCCUACCCGGCGUACCCCUUCCCGAAGCCUUACCCGAAACCUUACCGGAAGCUGUACCCCUACAAACCCAAAAAGGAGAAGGACGCCCUGGGCAACGAGCUGGUGGACGUGGGGCGCAAGUGGGACAAGCCACGUGGAAACAAGCACCUGGCGGCCUGGAGGCAGGUGGGAGAUCAGUGCGUGGUUCAGACUACUUCCUGGUCGCAGUGUUCCCGGAGCUGCGGGAUGGGCGUCUCCUCCCGUGUUACCAAUGACAACGCCCGGUGUAAGCUGAUCAAGGAGACGCGUCUGUGCAACAUUCGGCCCUGUAGCUCCAUGUCUGUCCCGGUCAAGAAAGGAAGGAAGUGCUCUCGUACCCACAAGGCGCCUGAACCACACCGCCUGUCCUACGCCGGCUGCAGGAGCACUCGCCUCUACAGGCCAAAUUACUGCGGCGUGUGCAGGGACGGCCGCUGCUGCUCACCCCGUCGCACACGCACCGCCAGCGUGACCUUCGCCUGCCCUGAUGGCGAACGCUUCAACAGGUCCGUGAUGUUCAUCCAGUCCUGCAAGUGCAGCGAUGAGUGCAACCACCUCAACGAGGCUGCCAUGCCGCCUCAGCGGUGGCUCUACGGAGACACGCACAAGUUCAUCGACUAGUGGUACCGCCCCCUCCUGACCGACAUUCCCACACCAAAAAAAAAAGACAUUAACUCCCCCAUAGUGAUCCCUGAUAUAGAGUAGCUGUCCUUAGUGUAUCUUUGAGUAGACGCAAGCGAGUGUGUCUUUUCUGAAAGAUUAUUUGGGGAAGAACGGGGAAAAAAGCGUGAAUCAAACGGACGCAAUUUAGCUUGGAAAGAGCGAGCCCCUGCUUUAGUGUAGAUAAGAAGUCGUUCUGGCGUGACCAGACUUCUACAGACUGCGCCGAAAUCUUUAUGGAUACCGCCACGUUGCCGCCAAAUGUCCUUUGAACUCUGAGACUUUUUUGGGGGACGCCGAAGCGAUAAUGGUUUGUGUCUUUUCGUCGAUGGUGUCGCAUCGCAGUUACUGACGCCAAAAGAAAGCUGGUUGGAUGUUUCUUUGGAGCCAAAUAUGAAACCCGCCGGUGCACUUCAAUAAUUCGUAUCGAUAAACCAAAAACUCAUGGAGAGACUUGACAGCAAAGACUGGGAUGGUCAGAGGAUGGAGGAGCAUCUCAGAUGUUCUCCGAGGAGCGUGGCUCGUGUCUUUUUAUGGUAUUUAUUCACUGGUAUUUAUUGCUGAGACAGACGUGAUGACACAGCGGCCUGCCACCAGGGAAGGCGGCGCUGCUAUGUUUGGAGCGCCGGCGCGGCUGAACGGGGACAAAACAGCUGAGAGCUGUCAGCCACGAGAGGGAGAGGAGGACUCCCACAGAUCCGGGGCUCGACCCCGGAGGUCACGGCGGUCAGAGCGCCAUAUCUAAUGAUGGAUGAUGAAGGCUACAGGAGAAAAAGACAGAGUUGAACCUGACGGGUCGAGGCUUUGUGCGCAUUAGCGGGGGAAUAUGUCAAAGGUUGUUUACACAGCUGGACUCAUCCCCUGCCUCGCCUCCACAUGGGACUGAGACAUUUAGCAAGCACCAGAAGAACAAGCCUGGGAUUCUGGCGCCGAGACGUCGACCGCCUAAUUCGGCGCAAAUUACAAUCCUGACUCGGAGGGGCGGCGAGAGAAAAUCAGCCACUCUCUGGUUUUGCUGUAAAAAUAAAAAUUGAAAACUGCGUGUACCGGGGUAAACAUGUAAUUUGUGACUGGCGGGUGGAACCGCUCUGGUGCCCAAAUCGGGCCUGUAAUCGAGCAGCACGCAGGCUCGCAAACAAUAACUCAUGUUCUCGUGUUUAAGUGGGGUCUGUUUCUGAAAAAAGAAGGCUGUGUUGUCAGUUGACGUCAGUGUCAGGGGCGGAGAGGAGCUUUACGGCCCCGCAGAGGACGGGGCCAAAGGACAUGUUGAAGGACUUCUGUGUUAUUCUCUAACUGUUGUGGCCAAAAUCAUUUUCUAUGACUGAAGAACCCGAACAUCUCACCUGACUGGGACUUGGGUUCAAGUUCAUGCACCUUAAGACAGCCUUGAUUCAUGACCUUUUUUCUCACGCAAAUGUAAUACGGAGGGACUGAAAGGUCAUUUCAAACUGAUUUUUGUAUUUACACAUUUUAAAUGGGUGAUUCUGGAUUAUCUGAAGCACCAUUUUAUCAUUUCAAAGAUGUUUUCUCUUGUGCCAUAAAGCGGGGCUGCAGCUUACAUUGUUUUCAGUAUCGAAUAAUUUGCCAAUUACUUGAUCGAUGAAUCGUUCGGUCUUUUACAGUGAUACUCAACUGCCCAAAAUCUGGCCCCGAUAGACAUUUUCUAAUUCAAAAUAAAAAUAAAGUGAUUCACACUGAUCACACACACAAUUGUUUUUGUACUUUUAGUAUACAUACAGUGCCAGAGUGCAUAAAACAGCAUUAAAACAGAGCUUGUUUAUUAAAAAAAGUGCCAGCGGAGGAUCCCCCGUACCCCCUGACAAAGGUCCAAACAAGCCCCACUGUCCUAAAAUCCUAGAAAAGUUAUGAAAUUCUAGAAAUAUGCUAAAAUCGUAGAAAUGUCCUAAAAUCCGAGAAAUGUUUGAAAAUCCUAGAAAUGUCUUACAAUUUGAGAAAUCAUCUUCAGUCCUAGAAAUAUCCUGAAAUCCAAUAAACAUCCUAAAAUCCUAGAAAUGUCCUAAAAUCGGAGAAAUGUCCUAAAAUCGAAGAAAAGACCUAAAACGCUAGAAACGUUCUAAAAUCCUUCUAGAAAAUCCUAGAAAAGUCCUAAAACCCUUGAAUGUCCCAAAAUCACAGAGACACGUGGAGCUGCUGUGACUGGCCCCUGGCGUCCGGUUAUUUAUCCCUGGUCUUUUAAAUGUAAAAAGUGAAAAAUGUCCAUCGUAGUUUCCUGAAGUCCAAGUUGACAGCUUUAAAGGUCUCGUUUCGUCAGUCCAAAACCCAAAUAUAGUUAGUUUAAUACGAUAUCAAGAAGAGAAACACAAGAAAGAAUUUUUUGCAUGAAAUUAAAAAAUUAAAAAUUACUUUGACGAUAAAUCAAUGAUCAAGUUAUUUUUGUCGAAUGGAUUAAUCAACACAUCGUUGCAGCUCUAGCCAUAAAAUAGUGGCUUUGUUUUCAUUUUCAUGUGAAACUGGAAGAUAAUUGCCUUUUUGCCAUCUCCUGGCUACUGUAGACUUUGUUAGUAAAGAGAUUUGAAGUCUGAGAAACUUUAACAGUGAUUACAAAGAAAAAGUGUCUUUCAUUGCUAUUUUCUUUUUGUAGAUGCUGUGGUUUUGGUACUGUAUGUGUAGUUUUGUUGGACACUAUAGAGCAGCUAUGUACAGAUGCAUUGUUACCUUUCUUUGUAGAUCUAUCUGCUGUAUAAGGGCCAAUCCGUUUACCCAGUUAUACUGACGUAGUCCAUGUUUAGUUUAGCACUGAACAGAGCAGCGUUCAGAUCCUUUAUGAGCAUUAAGUGCCAAGUUUUGAAAGCAUGAUGAUUGUAUUUCUACUAGUGUACAUUAAUACCAUCAGUAAUAAUAAAGUCAUGCCUGUAAAGAUUACAUAUUAAAAAAAUAAAGAUGUGAUCACACGUUCCUCACAACUACUUCUGCUGGAAACUGGUUGGAUUUAAAGAGUUGGAAUGAGUUCAUCAUUUUUGCAUUUUUAAUAAAGACAUUUUCACUCCUA